AUGAAAUGCUGGAAAGACCAAUGCGAAAAUAAGUUGGAGUUUACUUGCUCAUGCACAAAUCCUCCUACUUACUCAUGUGAUGAGCAUAUUGUAGCUCAUAUGAAAACUGCAUCGAAUUCUAGGCAUCUUCCAGAUCCUUUAACAAUUUCACCAAAUCCAGAAACAAAAAGAGCUCUUAUUGAUUGUCUUCACAAGUCGCUAUCAAACUUGUAUGAGUUAAGGAGAAAAACUGUUUUAGAUUUUUCAAUGCAAAUUAAGCAAAUUAACGAGAAAAUGAAAAUUGCAUUGGAAUCAUUUGACGAUUCUAUAAAAAAUCAACGCAAAAUAAUUUCUCAAAUAAAAACAAUAAAAGUCAUAUCAAAUGGCAGCAAAACUGAAAUAGAUGAAAUGCUGGUUUCAGAGCCAGAGAUAGCAAUUAAACUACUUAAAGAUUCUUUUGAUAUUUUUAUAGAUCAAACUUCUUUAUAG